CGCGUUUGUCUCUCGCAGGCUGGCGGCAAGGCGGGAAAGGACAGCGGGAAGGCCAAGGCGAAGGCGGUGUCGCGCUCACAGAGGGCCGGGCUGCAGUUCCCCGUGGGCCGCAUCCACAGACACUUGAAGACUCGCACCACCAGCCACGGGCGAGUGGGCGCCACGGCCGCCGUCUACAGCGCCGCCAUCCUCGAGUACCUCACGGCCGAGGUGCUGGAGCUGGCAGGGAAUGCUUCGAAGGACCUGAAGGUGAAGCGGAUCACUCCCCGUCACUUGCAGCUGGGAAUUGAGGGUUUCUUGGAGGUUUUUGGGGAAGUCGGCGAAUGUCUGAACGGGAAUCCUCUUGUUCUCUCUGCAGGUGUCAUCCCCCAUAUUCACAAGUCUCUUAUCGGGAAAAAGGGACAGCAGAAAACAGCGUAG